GCUAUUUCAAAGCAAGCGGUUUCUUCAACUGUUAUUGUUAAUUUAGCUGAUUGGUAGAAACACCAACACAUUUGAUGAAGUGGAUUUAAUGUGAAAAAAGUGUAGCAGUGAUGAAAAUAAUAACAGGCCCACAGCACAGCCCAUGAAGAUGAUAUUGUGCAUUGUCUUCGAUGUGUUCAAAUUCUGUCACGGAUUUGAACUUAGAUACUGGCGAUAUUACCUACAGUUCUGGAUCAGGCAGCACGCAACGCAAGACAGCCCCACGCAAUGAGGAUCAUUGCAUAAGAUGACAACAUACUCGCUACAUGGCAAGCAACGCUGUCUGCACCAAGAGUUUUUUAAUAACUCUACUGAAGAAUAUUUACGACUGCUUGUUCAUAUAACAAGAAGUAAUUCUCUUCAAUUUCACAUUUGUGUGAAAUUUGAAGCCACUACCUUUGGAGUUUCUUUACUGAGUUUUGAUCAUUUGUUAACUUGGAAUUGGAAUGACCACGAUAUGUAUUAUUUUAUCCGGUGAUUUUCACAAAGUAAUUGAUGGUCAAAUACUGCCACCGAACAGUUUUUCUGUCAAUAUUAAUGUGGUCACCAUUUAUUUUCUUUGAUACCAAGAUAAAAGAUUACAUAAAGAAAUUGCGGAAUUAAGAAUUGCAGGAAAACUAGAGGAAUCUCAGACUGUUAUUGGAUUUUUCAUAUGCUAACUUAAAACAAAUUGAAGAGGAAAUUUUGAUUACAGUUAAAUGAAGAAAACAAUGUAAUCGUAAUUGUUAUUCAUCUGUGCCUUGAUUAUUAAGCAAUUUUAGAAGAUUCUGACAUGCUGUGGUCAUAAAAUACUUGUGAUCAAAGGUCUACUGAGCCAAUUGUUAUCAUUAAUAUAUCAAUACAUUGGAGUCUUAAAAACUUUUAGUAAAUGCUUUUAACUAUUACAUCAUUUGCUUACAGAAUAUGUAUUCCAUGGAAAAAAAUAUACUGGAAAAGAUUAAUCAUUUGUAAGGUAUGUUUACCUUCAUUUUUUCCACCUAUACAAGUUCAAAAUCAAGAUAAACUCUGAACACGAAUCCAGCAUUAUGAAAAACCAAUGUUUUUCCUUGUGGUCACUCUUGUUAAUAACUUCACAACUAAUGGUAAAUCUAUUUGACUUUAUUCAUGGUAACCCUAAUUGUGAAAUCUUAACUUCCGGAGGAAUAAUUGAGGGACAAGCGACACAGUUGGUGUGUGUACUCACGACCGAUGAAGAGCUGGUAAAUAUGAAACAUAUUUCUUGGUCUCGUAAAAAUCUACAAACAGGAAAUGUAGACCAAAUGCCAAUUUUACGACACAAGGUAGUUAAAAGUGAAAAGUUAAAAAUAGAUCCAGUGAAUCGUGAGGAUGGACAGUAUCAAUAUAUAUGCAAAUAUGAAUACAAAAAUAAGAAUAUAGAAUGUGUAACUACUACGGCCAGCUUGUCAAUAAAAAAAACACCAAGGGAACGCUACCCAGAGUGCAUCAUUCCCGAUAAGUCAUACCAAGAAGGUGAUGUUAUUACAAUUUCAUGCCAUACAGAAUUUCUAUCCAAUACAGUCCAUCUCAACAUAUCAAAAGGCAACAGGCCUAUACAAGGAUUGAAGUACAAUAUCAUUGGGAAUGAAAGAGUCCUAAAAUAUAAGUUCUGUGUGACAGCAAAUAAUAAUGAUGAUAGCUUUGUUUGUACGCAGACUAGCAAUAACGUUCCAGGUGAAGAAAAGCAGUGUAAAUUCCCACCAUUAAAUGUGAAUUACGUACCACGAGUGAAAAUAUCUUAUUCAGGAAAAACGCAUGUGCAACUUGGAAUAGAGGCGUUGCUUGCAUGUACAGCAGAUUCAAAUCCGAUACCAUAUCAAUAUAUAUGGGAUUCUACACCGUAUAUAGCCAAGUUUAAAUUGGAAACAAAUGGACUGGUGUACCGCACCACAGUUGACAAUCUUUCUCUGAAUGGUACCAUCAUCACAUGCAAGGUGACAAACAAAGUAGGAACCGGUGAAAAUAACUACACGUUAAUUGUUGUUGACAACAAUGAGCAACACAAACCUACAAAAGCAGAUAAGCCAAUUAUUAGCAACACAUCCAACUUGAAUCGUGGUGUAACAGAUGAUUCGGAGAUAAAACUUCUUACAAUCGCCGGUGCUACUCUUUUCCUAAGUGCUUUGUUAAUCUUCAUUUUGUUCUGUUACUUACGGCAACGUCACAUACUAUACAUGCAAAAUCAUUACAUUGCUCAGCCGGAGGUUUACUUUGAGCCAAAAGACAGCGUGCGAACACAACCGCCAACUUCAGAAGGACCAUACUGGGGUCGAAAUGUUGGGAUUCAAGUCCCGCCAGAUCCUGACAAGGACUCAGAAUAUGCUGAGAUUGAAGAAGCCAGAAAAAGUGGAUCUAAUAAAUCUGUUUAAUCUGAAAUUUACAUUAUUCAAAAUGUUAUUUCUUUAUUUUCUUAUAUUUAAUUUAUUACUGAUAAUAUUGCACACAUUCCUUUUUCUAUAUCUAUUAUUAUGGAAAUUUUUUUUAACACCACAGAUAUAAAGUUAAAUUAAAUAAUUAAAUUUGUUUAAACAUCACAGAAAUGGUUAAAUUGAAUAAUUAAAUUUGAUUAAAUUAUUAAUUAAUUUCUAUUUACAAUGAAUUCUAUGUGGUCUGAUAAUGUAGCUUUGAGAUAUCAAAUUAGAAAUAUUAGAAUUAGUGUCUGGGCUACUUACUUUUUCGUGAUAUAGGGCAGAAAAAUUCAAAUUAUCUAGUUUGUUUAUAACUAGUAGUAUUAAAAUCAUUGAGUACCCUGUAGGUUUCAAUACAAAUGUUAGCUGAAAAUAAGGGGAAAUACAGUCAGCGAAAUUCCAACAAAUUGUGUUAGCUUUUAUGUUUUAUUUCUCCAUAAACUGUUCAAGCUUACGCUGCCCGUAUUCGACUGGUCGUUCAUUAAACCAUACCUGCCAGUGUAGUGGUAAAGUCUGACUUAAAGAAGAUGACCAGAUGAAUAGAAAACUGAUAAAUACUCAACAAAACAAAAUGGCUGUGUAGUUACCGUGAUAAACGCUAGAUCAAUCAAGGUUGCUUUGGCUUGGGGAAGUAUGGGUUUUUCAUAAAAAUUUGCUUUCAAUUAAUUUUUUACUUUAUGUGGGUAAAUAUUAUAAGUAAUAGCUUUUGAAAUUAAUCUAAUUAUACAAAUGCAAAUGUUGUUGAUAAAAUGAACAAUCGGCCAUGUUUGUUUUGGAUAACUUAUGUUAAUUUCUGUUGUCAACUAUUUUACUAACCAGCCGCAUGAAAAUGAUACUCAACAAAAAAUUGUUGUCAACGAAACCAACCAGUCAAAUACAGCCAAUGUUAGAUCAAAUAAAUAUUUAGGCUCAAAUCUACUUGUAGUACCAUACAUUGUGUUCCACAAAAAGUAGAUUACCUUCACGCACAGUGAUGAUCAGCCAGCCUAGGACCAUUUUCACUGCUCAGUUAAAAUUAUUCUAAAUUAAAAUAAUUUAGCAAGCUUAAGUCGGCUCAUAACAGUGUAGUAUUUUCACAAAUGGAGACGCCAAGAUGAAUUAACUUUUUUAAUUUGAUGAAAUGCACAGAAAUAAUUGAAAUUCAGAACUUCAGAUAUGUAGCUACUGUAGAUGUUUGUAAUUUCAUUUCUGCUUUAGGCCAAACAAGGUUUUACUACUAUUGUACAACAUAAAUGGUGCACUUGCUUUAAGUCUUCUUGGCCUGACUUGAUCAUCAUUUCAAUGAGAAUAAGUUAUUAAGGGAUAUAUUAAUAUUCAAUAAUAAAGACAAUAAUAUUCAUCUAUAGAUUGUUUUGUUAAUUUUACAUGAAUAUAAGAUUUCAAGUGCUUAUUUAAUCACUUUUAGAGUCUACUAAUAUGUAAAAAAUAAGUAUAAUUUUUAUUCUCCCCGCCGAAUACUGGUUUUUCUCCCCAAUGGGGGCCCUGGCCUUCCGGGUUGGUGCCACCCCUGUUACUGUCAUAUGGAAUUAGGCCCCAUCUAUUUUGCUGAUUAGUUUUCGCCAAUCGACCGAAACACUCAGAUUCCUGCAGUCAAGGUUGUUAUCACAUUUCAGAGAAAAUAAAAAUGUUACUGAUCAAGCCAUCUCAACGUUUUCCAUUUAAGUGCGAAGCAACAAUUUUUUUUUUUUUGGCUUUAAGGAAUACUUUCUAUACUACCAUACAUUAUCAUUUAAUGUCUAAUUAUAACAAACCCUUUUAAUAGCCCACUAAUAAUUUUAUGUUUGAUGAAUAGGUAUUUUGCAUACCACCAUAUCUGUACUGAUAUAUUGUAAAUAAUAAAAUAACA